CUCGCCCUUUUGUUAGCGCGGCACCUCCGGAAGAAGGAGGCAGAGAUCUUCGGCUGCUCGCGCUUGUCGGGAAGGCAGAGAAGUACCAUGGCGGCCUCCUCUAGCAGCAGCAGCAGCAGCAGCCGUCGGGCAGAUAACGGCUACGGGGCUGGCAGCCACCAGCAGCAGGCGAGCUCCCGGCGGCGGAAAGGGCCUGGCGCUCUGGCCACGGCCUACCUGGUCAUCUACAAUGUAGUUAUGACUGCCGGAUGGCUUGUUAUAGCAGUUGGUUUAGUAAGAGCAUAUCUUGCCACGGGUAGCUACCAUAAUCUUUACUAUUCAAUAGAAAAGCCAUUGAAGUUCUUCCAAACUGGAGCUUUGCUUGAGAUUUUGCACUGUGCAAUAGGGAUUGUUCCAUCUUCUGUUGUCCUGACUGCUUUCCAGGUGAUGUCUAGAGUCUUUCUGACAUGGGCCAUAACGCAUAGUGUAAAAGAGGUGCAAAGUGAAGAUAGCGUCCUCCUUUUUGUUGUUGCUUGGACGAUUACAGAGAUUAUACGUUAUUCCUUUUAUACCUUCAGCUUACUAAACCAUCUUCCUUACCUCAUCAAAUGGGCCAGGUAUACAUUGUUCAUCAUACUGUAUCCAAUGGGAGUGUCAGGCGAGUUGCUCACAAUAUAUGCUGCUCUGCCCUUCGUCAGGCAAUCCGGCUUAUAUUCCAUUAGUUUACCUAACAAAUACAACUUCUCAUUUGAUUAUUAUACAUUCUUGAUCCUUGUUAUGAUGUCCUAUAUUCCACUCUUCCCUCAGCUGUAUUUUCACAUGCUACAUCAGAGAAGAAAAGUACUUUCACCUGCUGAAGAACAGAAGAAAGCAGAAUAACUCGUGGAGGUAUUCAGAACUAUGCACAAACCUCAAAAUAAGUAAACUUUCAGAAGUUUAUCAGCAAUGCAGAGUAUUAAACCGAGAAGUCAAAAUAAAAAAUGGGGAAAUUACCAAGGAUGUAUCUUACGGCACUGAUAACUUUUUCAACAAAAUCAUCAGACCAUGAAGUUGCAUUUUCAGCAUGUCCUUCUAUUGUGAAAUCCAAACAUAUUUGCUAUUUUACAUUUAAUUUGUUUGCUAAAAAUUGCCAUUAUAGCCUAGUUAUGUUGAUGGCAUGAGUAAUAAAGUAAGGACAGAGCUUCAAUUGGGAUUAUUAUUUAAUGCUUGAUUGAAUGUCAGAUGUUCAUGUGCAUUGUUGUAACUUAUCUGAGAUGCUUUUUGUCUGAGAUGCUUUAACAGUUGGAACCAGAGUGGCCAGUCUAGUGGAGUCCCACAAAAGACUUUGUUGACUAUGUGUAUGGAUGAAAUUGAUGCUCCUUGGAAUUCAGGGCACAAUCCUACAAAGAGACAGAUGCAUUAUGAUUACUUCAGCAACUUGUUGCAUAGUCUGUACAACUAAAUUUUUUUUGCAGCGGGGCCUUAAAGUAGUGCAGUGUUGCACACAAGAGUGUGUAUUCUAAAGGUACAACUUUUUUACCUCAAACACCAGUGCUCUGUUGCUGUUCCUGAAUGCUUGUUCUUGAAAAAAGGCCCAGUUUCAAUGAAAUUCUCACACACAUGAACUAAAUUUGUGACAUAGAAAAAUGUCUCUUGGGGAUUUUUAUGGCUUUGAAUUAACUGUUCAAAUAUGUCUAUUUUGUGAAUUUUUUUAAGAAUAAGAAAUUAAAAUAUUCAGUUUCCAAGAUAUAGACAGGUCCUAUAUGAAGUCUUUUCCUAAAAUGAGUUUAUUUAGAGUUCAGAAUGUUUCAACAGCACCAUUAAAUGCAGUAUGAAUGCUAGCAAACCUAACUAAUUUCAGAGUUUACUUAUUUAGAAAAUUGCACUUUUAUAAUAAAACCAGACAACUGAUUGUGGUCUGACUGUUUGAUUAAAUAAACUUUUUAGAACAAUCUGGGAGGAAAUGCUAGUUAUUUUUCUUUGCUCAUUGUUUACUAACAAAGAGAGGAAAACCUUACCAUUUCUUAAAAUGACCAAGGUAGUCUACUGUUUUAAGGUAGGAAGAUCUUACUCUAUCCCAAAUAGAAGUAUUUUGUAACUCUUUAAUGUAAGCAAUAUUUACACUAUAUAUAUUCAUUACUGACCUCUGUGUCCAGUGGUGUAUUUUCAAAAAAUGCACCUUGCCUCUAGAAAUGCUCAUUCAUUUCAUUGCCCUCCUAAUUCAUUUCACAGGGCGCACUCCCUCUUGCCAGAGAAAGCACCAUUGUGCUCACUGAGCUCCUGAUCAUUCUGCUUGGUGCGCUCUGCUGUUUCCCUUUUGAGGCACAUUACAAUCCUAUCUCUGUUAUACUUUUCAAACACUUUAUCUCAUUGUACCAUUUUAUACAAAAGUUAUACUUAAUUAGUGACCAUGAUAAGAGUGCUCCAUAAGCCAAAGUACAGAAUGUGUGAUGGGACAUUCAUGUGGUGCUUUUAAAGGAGGCCAUAUGGGUGUCUUUUUUAUGUCCAGCCAUUUAUUGCAUAUUUCUUUGAUAAUUAAUGCUCUUCUGGACUGCAACAGCCACAGGUCUUCAGAAAAGGUUUUUGCAUUCUUCACUUUCAGCUUAGCCUCCUAGCUCUGAACUGAAAAGACAGAAAUAAUAUCUGCAUGUGCCCAGAAUGGGGCAAGGGCAAGCACAUUAUAGAAUGUGUAUAUUCAUAGACACUAGCGGAAGACAGCAUAGACAGCUGGCUGUUAACUGAUUUGGCCAGUACUUGCCUCUCCCAGCUGCAUCCAGCUCAUGCUUAUAUGUGAGCUGCCUGGGUGUGGGGGUCUGUCAAUUAACUUUAUUGCCUAAAAUGACUGUUGUUCCAUUGCAUUUGUAAUGCUGCCACCUACUUGUCUGACAAUAUAACCUUACAAGCUUCUGCCUCUUUAUCCCUGCAGUUGGGCAAGAAAUCUUGACGUUCCUCAUGGCAAUUAUCUUUGAAAAAUAUCUUUAAAUAUCUUUUAAAAGUAGGGAGGGUUCAGUCUGCCUUCAGUCUGUCUGUAAUAUCUUUUUUUUUAAAAGGAUAGCCUCUCACAAGCUGUGCUGUGAUAACAACUGUGACCUUGAUCACUCUGGGUAAUGAGCUCAUCAAGAAUAUGUAGAAGUACAGCUGCACUUGCACACUUUAUAAGGGCUUUAAGCUGGGACAGAGCAAUACCCGGCCUCUUGUUUUUGCUCAACAUACCCCCUUCUGGCGGGGCAAAGAGAAACUAAACUCUCUAUUGCCUUAGCCAAAUAAUGUUGGCCAAGUUACCACCAUCAGCACUGCCCACUUCAGUCAAGUCCACCAUGUACCAGCUGGCUGCCAUACUUUACCUACUCUAAAUUCCCAGUUCCUCUGUUGUAGCUUGUAACUGCUGUGAUGCAUGUUUAUAGCAAAUGGGUAUUUGGCUGCAGCUAGUCGUGGCUUUCAAGCAUACUAUCCCCUUACUACAUAUGUGGCAGAACAUAUACAUGAUAAGUGUGUGUAUGUUACAUUUUUAAGUGUCCUGUUGAAUGGUGUAACUGUACACUCAAGUUUAGUAUGUGAAGCAGAUGUCAGGCAGCCUUGGGAGUGUAAAGGAGUAUCUGUAUGAUUCCACUUUCUUUCAAUCCUAAUCUCCUUUCUUUCAAGUUCAACAAUUCACUCAGGUCACUGCAUUAUCUUUUUUGCCCUACCAAAUCUUUGCCAGUGCUUGUGAAGGAUCAGUUUUAAGAUGUUUGUUUGUUUUUUAGAACCUCUUGGGGGUCAUGAAGAAUGGUUUCUUUCUAAUAGUCUUGUGGAACUGUAUCCCCCCUUUCCUUUCCAGUAUCCAUUAGAUUUUAAUUCUGUUGACUUUCUGUUUAAUACCUUCCAUUUUCACUAACUUGCCAGUGUCCUGUUGUUGCUUAGUCCAUGCUGCCUUCCCAGAAAGCAAAUAGAAAGCAUUUGAUCCUUGCUGUUGGUGAACCCAGUACUCUCACCAGUGAUAGUUGUUAUUUUUCCAUACCCUGAGGUGAUGUGUAUAUAGAAACGUAUAUCACAACUAUUGUUUUAUCAACUGAUGGCUAGGUGUGUAUUACAUGUUUUUUACAUGUAGGUGUUUUGAGUGGGAAUGUAGUGGGAUAUGAAUCUGUGACAUUUCAGUGUAGGAGUUUGGAAAAUAUUGACUGUAAUUAGAUAUAAGGAAUAAAGUACCCACCUACCCCCGUUCAUUACACCAGUGGUACGAGAGCUACUAUAGUUUUCUUUCACCCCAUAAUACUGCUGUAAUGCAUAAAGACUAGACUCAUAUGGGCAGGACCAGCCAUGCAGUUCCUUACUGUGCCAUUUAAUGAAUUUGAGAUUGGGAAGAAGGUAAUGAUUGUGUGGGGGAGAGACCUAUGCGAUCAUUGUUCUGAGCCUUUAAACCACACGAAACCACAUAUAAAAGGUACCUUUUAGACACUGUACUGACACACAAUUGUUCCAUGAAAUGUGAAAGUAACUCAAUUUUGCUAUGUAUUUAUGUUCUUAAUAUUCUUCAUUAGUUUUUCCUCAUCUUGUACCAAGGCCUUGAAAGUCAGCUUGAAAUGAACUUGUCAUUUUUAAAUUAUUUUCUGUUAUGUCUUUAGACUCCCCCCCCCCCCGCCUUCCAAAUAGAUGGUUCAUUCAGAGUUUUCUUCAGACAAUCCAUUCCACUUGCUAAACUUAGAGCAACAGCUUCUCAGAUCCAUCUGAACUGUUCAGAGGCUAAUAUAGCACCUUCUUAGACACUCCACAGAACACCAAGAACUUUGGGGGGAAAUGGGUGUGGAAUAGGAAGCUGCACAGCUGCUCUUUCUUCCUUCUUUUAUCCUUUUUCUCCAUUAGUUCCAGAACGUUAUGAAAUGUUAAGGCAGUUCUUAAGCACAGAGAUGGCUAUAUUAUCUCAAAUAUAUCUGUUCUUUUUUACCAAAAACUUACAUUGCAACGGAAAAUCUUAAGGUUUAAGAUUAUCGUGACAAUAAGAGAGAGAAAGCAAGUAAACAUUUCAGACUAUAUGGAAGUUCAGCAAUCAUGAGUGGCACGAACCUGGUUAAUGGUUGCAGCUUUCCCCCUCUUGACCUUGGCAUGGCAAUAGGUGAAAACUUUGGUCAUCAAACUCAGAUUAGGGCAUCUAAGAGGAUCUGGAAAAACUGGGAUUAGAUCCCUUCCAGGUAACCAGGAUUCUUAGCCACAGUUGAAUCCCAAUUACCAGGAAGGAAAUUUACCCCAAUUUGUUCAACAGCUUUUAGACUCCAUAAAUCAUUUUGGUUAAUUGAAGGUUACCUUCAAUUCUUGAGUGAAGCAAGGAGGGAAGGAAUGCACACAAAUAACAUUUAACCUAAUUCAUGUCUAUCAUGAGUAAUCAGGUUUGUGGCAUCUGAAUACAGCCUAUAAUCUCCAUGUGAAAAUUAAUGUUGUAUUUGGUCAGCAGGGUGAAUGUGGCUUGUGAGAAGCAGUCUACUAAAGCAUCUUCUUCCUUAAAAUAGACCUGUUUCCUUUAAGGACAAAUCCACUUCUGUGUUCCAAGUAAUCCUGAAAAAGUUUGAGAUCAGGCUAAGGAAAACAAGGCUUGCAGUUGAAUUGGUUGGUGCUAAAGCCAUUGGACUCCUCCCUGAUAAAACUGUAUGGAGUGAGAACCUCGGUUACUGCUACCAAGCCCCUCUAAUGACUCAGGAGUGGAUAUUUAAGCCAUACAUAAUCCUUGGAGCAUUCAGAACUGUCACUGGUUUCAUUCGCCUCCCUGUGCAAUUGCAGAUGAGCAACUUCCCCUUAGAAGAAGCCCAUGCCUUCUUUCUGGAUUGACUAUUGCUCACUGCCCAGUAUUCACCUUCAGCUAUCCAAAGCACUGUACCCUGAAGACACUGCUAUUGACUGUUUUCACUAUUUGAAAUUUACCCUCAGGUCAUGAGUGGGAAUCACAGUGCUCAUUUUCUGGUAUUUGGGUGGCUCUGUUGCUUUCACAGGAGUUGCAGAUGAAUCCAGCUCUAAAGAGGUGCAGUGGGAAAAGAAGGCAUACUCAACCAGUAAUUAAGACUGAUAGUUGACUAAACUGUAGCCACUUGUUCUACAUUAUCAUUUGGGCAAACAAAAAUGCAAGAAUUCUGUUCAAAUAGGGCCAAAAUGAAAACCAAAGCUUUCAAGAAACUGCAGACUAGAAUAGUGAACCUCCACUGAGUUAUGGAAGAGCUGACAUCAGCAUUUGUUGCUGCUAAAGCAGAUCUUUUCCAAAUGACCAGCUGCUGUUCUUGGUAGUGCAUUAAUAGAUACUACUCAUUUUCAUCAAAUGAUGAUGAAAAACAGCAAAUAACUUGUGCUUUUAUUGAUAAAAAUUCUGUCUUAAAUGCUAAACUAGAUGUCUCACUGAGUACUUAUCCCAGUGGCUUAUAUUUUAAUGAAAAGCAGCAUCAGAAGUGUGCCAUUGGAAACAGAGUACCAGCAAAAUGAGGAAAGUAUGCUUCAUAUCUUUUUCCCCAUAGUCUGUUUUCCUGAUCAAAAUCUUUCUUGUCCAGGAAUUUUGAUGGGAAAAACAACUCCGGGGGGGGGAGGCAUUUUGGGCCCACUGUACCUCACAUCAAAUCUGCAGACUACUAAGGUUAGUUUUUAUUAUAAAGAAGUGUGAGAUACACAUCUGAACAUAACAUCUUAUUGGACUCUUACGUCAUGGGUUCAUAAGUUUUAAGAAAUCUUGUUGUGUGUCUGAAAUGCUGUUUUUGUAGCUUUUUAGCAUGGCAUUUCUUUUAAAAGUAUCCCUAUCAAAAAUGUUUCAGUGACAACUGUUUGGUCUCCCCCUCGAUUUUGGAAUGAAGGGGGAAAAUGUAAGUCAAUAGAAAAUAAAGUGUACUUAUGCCUUCGUUUAAAACUCAAUAAUAGAACUUGAAAGAUCUGGUUAAUACAUUAAUGCUAAAAUCUCAUUCAUUUACUACUGCCUUAGACAGUUUUGAGUGACGGGUCAAAGCAGUCAACAGAAGGAAACGACUGAAGUUGCCAUUUUUGCUCAUCUUAGCAGAGAAGAUCUAGUGCAAAUAACAGCCAUUAUAUUCUUGUUGGGUGAGUCAAUGAAUGAAAUGUGCAUUCAGUGAUGCUUUUCCAGUUCUGUUUCCCUGUUCAUGGAUUGAUGAGCAAUCAUUAAUAAACGCAGGGGGGGUCUACAUGUGCAUCAAAGCUUUGAGGGUGUUUGGAAUAUGCCCACUGUGUUUGUGAUUGAGAAGACUAUCCUUCAACCCUGUAAGUGGCUUAACUGAGUACUUGGUGCAUGUUUCUCUUGUCAAGGGAAAGCCCUACUUACUAAUUAGUAGCUCCUAUGUAAAUAAACACUCCUUACUUACCAAAAGAAAUAUUCCCAAAGGUUAAACUUUGGUUUUGGUUUAAAAAAUUAUAUUUUUAUUUCGCUUGACAAAAUGGCUGUUAAAUCAAGUAAACCUUGUUUUCAUAUCUGUCUUAGUCUCAACUUCUUUAAAGACAAAUCUUUAGAAUCUGGAUUAUGGCUGUUGUGUCAGGAUUUAGUAUCCUUUAUUUUGUUCCUAAUAGAACUUCAUAUUAAUUUUGCUGUGAUACAGAAGGAGCAUUAUUUCAUGUAAUUAUUCUGAGUGUACAUCAUAUGAAAUAGAUCUUUUUUUUCCUGCAGCCUAGAAAAUUCCUCUUGUGCUAGAAUAAACUUCUCUUCUGCCUGCUUGGCAAAGUUAUAAACUGAAACUGCUUAUGCCAUGAUGGUUUCUGUGAUGUACCUAAUUAUAUAAACCAGGUUUCUAGUUUUGUGUAUUAACUUUUGCAUUAGUUUUGGAUUAAAUAGAAGAUACACCUUUUUCUGAGAGAGGUUUAAAUUGGAAAGCUGUAGAUUAUUCUAAAAAUUACAAUGUUUCUGUCAAAUAAGUCAUUUAACAGAAAAGAUCUGCAUUAGUAUGGGCCAGCCAGACAAAGCUAUUGUAAUAUUUGGGGUAAAAUGUUCAUUGGUAUACAACUGGAUUUUUAAUGCAUAUUCAUGUGAUGCAUUUAGAUAAAUUGGUAAAUUUGUAAUUUUUCUAUGUUGUGAAAUGUACAGUUGUAUAACUUUUAUAAAUCUGAUUUACAGAAUUUACAAUAAUUUUAAAUGUUUUUGAAUAUUUUGAAAUCUAACAUAACUUGGGACUUUGAGAAACUUUUAAAGCAUGUUUAAAGGGUAUCCUUACCCUAAUGGUUUGCAAAGUAAAUGAUUUUUUUCCCAAUGUUGCAUUGUGAAAUAAAUUAGUUGUAUGUUCCUGGAUUUGGAGUAUUAACAAGAAAUAAUUAAACAGUAAAUAAAAUAUUCUAAAUGAA